AUGUGUGGUGGGCAUCGGCGCAGCUACGGGGCAAUACAGGAGGCGAUUGCCUGUUUGUGCGUCUUCUUCGGGUUGAUCGCGAUCGUGAAUGCCGGCUUCCCAUCCGUGGCCUGGUUCGACUGUCCGGCGCGGUGUCAGUGCUACGAGGACCCGCAGGACCAUUCCCACUCCGUCCACCUCAUCUGCAAAUGGGAGCAGUUGAACGAGACAAACCUGCGUGCGCUGGCCCGGCCAGAGUACGUGCGUACGUUGACGAUACGAUGCCCUCACCUUUCCACCGGAAAAAGCCGACCUCCAGCCGGGCUUUUUGCGGGUCUCCGAAACCUCGACCGGCUCGAGAUUGAGCGCUGCCAUCUGAUGGACCUACCCGCAGAUUUAUUUGCUGGCCUCCACCAGCUGUACUCGCUGAUCGUGCGCAACGCAAAGUUGGACGAUCUACCGGCCAGCAUCUUCGACCAUCUACCGAAUUUGAUAACGCUCGAUUUGACCGGGAAUUCCCUCAAGAUCGAGCCGUUCGCGUUGAGGUCGCUGAGAAAUGUGAUCCACGUCGAUUUAUCGAACAAUUCGAUCGCCUUCCUUGCCAACACGCUCAUAUCGCUGCCAAAGCUCCGCGUCCUCACCAUCGACCACAAUCGGUUGACGAACAUUGAUUUUCGAAGGCUACCUGAAGAUUUGACCGAUCUCUCGUUACGCCACAACUUUAUCUCCACCAUCCAUUAUACUCCCGGAAGCGCAAGGCAUCUAAAGCGACUGGAUUUGGCGCACAAUCAGCUGGAUUUCAUAUCGGGUACGGGUACGGUAAAUAUUUUGCCGAAAGAGCUGAAGACGGUCGACUUAUCGCACAAUCGGAUCGCCUAUAUGCAAGAUGGGACGCUGGAACGGCUUGAGGAGCUGAUAUUGUUGGAUUUGAAGAACAACUCGUUGGCGGAGCUGCGGGAGAGCUCGCUGGCCGGGCCGAAGAAUCGGCUGAAGCUGCUGCUGGCCCAUAACCCCUUCACGUGCACCUGCUCGCUGAAGUGGAUGCUCCACCCGACCACCAAGUCCACCCCAACGGUUUUGGACGUCGAUUCGGUGGAGUGUGCUCAUCUCCUACAACCGGAAAUCAGGCUCAACCUGACGGUAGCCGACCGGAAGAACGAGCUACUGUGUAAAUACGAAAAUCAAUGCCCCGCCUCUUGUACUUGCUGCCGAUUCCCAUUUUGUGAGUGCCGCAUCGAUUGCCCUAAAGGCUGCCAAUGCUACCGUAGCUCCAGGGAUGACAACGAAAAUCUACUUCAAAACGUCAUCCGCUGCGAGGGUCUCCGCAUCGAUAAGCUUGACGAGAUCCCGGAUUCGGUGACGGAGUUGCAGCUAUCUGGCGACUGGCACAGCUGGACGCCCGAGAAGUUGGGCAAGUUGGAUCGGCUGAGAUUUUUGAACCUGACGAAUGCGCGGUUGAGGAGUCUGGAGUCGUCGGAGCUGGCCACAUUUCCGCGGCUCUCCGGGCUGGACCUCGGCUCCAACGAGUUCACACAGAUCCCGGCGCAGCUGCCCGGCAUCACGCAGCUGUACAUUGCCAACAAUCCGCUGAAGGAAUUGAGCACGAAGGAUUUGUUGCUGUUUGAAGGGAUGCGUAGAGUGGCAAUUGGAGGGCAGAGAAAUCGUUGGGAAUGCGAUUGUGAUGCUCCCUCCUCGCUUCAACGCUGGCUUCGCGUUGAGGGAAAUCGAGACAAGGUCAAAGAUCUCGCCCAGGUGUACUGUAACCUCCCGCUACAUGGCCGCAUCCGCAUCGAGCGUACUUUUCCGGAUGCAAACGGCACGCUGUGCCCGAAGGAGGAAGAGGAUACCUCAAAUUGGGUGAAAAUGGUCAAAAAUCUGGAAGAUCGAACAUCUACCGUAGUCUAUGGAGUGUUCGAGCCCUCAACAAGCACCAUCCAGCCAAUUUUACUUGCAAAAGAGGAGCAAACAGCCCGUCAUCACCCCUUUACAACGACGCCUAAACCAACGGCAUCCGAAAUGGAAAAACCGGUAGAUGAUGAUGCCGAGGUGUUCUUUCCGGGUCGCCCCGACUUCCGGCCGACUGUCAUCACUGUUCGGACGCAGAAACCGAAUUGGCGGCCCCCGAAGCGGAAAGCUAGGGAAGACCCCAACGAUACGCAUCGCUUCCUGAACGCGUUGAUCUUUGUGCUUUUCGUGGCGGUGAUCCUGCUGAUUAUCGCUGUCGGGAUUACUGUGUAUUUUAGGUUUACAAAAACUGACGUUUAUAUCGGCUCUCAUCGGGAACCGGCGCUGGAACAGAGGCCGCUGAACGCA